GCGAGAAUCCAUAUAUGUAUCAUUUCUCAUCGAGAUUAAUUGUUUAAACGGACAUUGGUUCAAUUGUAAGUUGUCUAAAAAUAGUGAAAUUGAUAUAAUCCAACAUAGAAAUUAGAAUUAUGUCACUUUUUAUGAAACAUUGCAUAUCCGGCGAAGCUAAGAGAUCGUAUCACGAAAUAAACAAGCUAAAAUACAUCUUUAACGAUGCUUCAAAAUCAUGUGUCGUCGAAAAUAAGAUAUUAUCACCUGUCUUCAGAAGAUUGCAAGGAUUUUCAACGAACGACAACCCACAAUCAAAUAAACCUGAAAUAGAAAUUGAAAAGAUAUAUACUGGACCAUUGGCAAGACAAAUUCGUUCAAUAAAAACGUUUACCCUUCUAUCUUCAACAACGGGAAUAUGUGCGCAACCGGUACUCCUCUCCAAAGUUCAGGAACUAGGUUCCACCGUUGCACUUAUUGGUGUUGGCACAUUCUGGGGGUUUUUUGUAAUCGUAUCUCCGUUAUUGAUUCACACGAUUACAAAACGAUACGUAAUUGAUCUAGACUAUGAUCCUGAGACGAAGAAGUACAUAGCGUACACGUAUAAUUUCUUUAUAAGACGAAAAAAGAUCGAGUUUACACCAGAGGAUGUUAAGACUCCACUAGCUGGAAUAUUCACAACAGCCAUAGUGAAGGGUAAACCAUUGUUCAUGGACCCAAAAAUGUUCAACAAUCUCGAUCACUACUCUAAAAUAAUGGGUUACGACAAACCAAUAGACUUUUCAUUAGAUUCGGAUCAAGAAGAUAAGAAGAAAUAAACUCAAUGCAUUAUUUAUUGA